ACAGAGCUUCAGUGAUCUUUUGUGUCUUAAACUCUUUUACGGGGAAUCUAAAACAUCAAGAAUGCUGCAGAAUCACAUCUGUGGAUCAGUUUUGCUGUAUUUAUGUUGGUGGCGAUUGGACAUUGUGUUUGGUGAUGAAGUGAAGUCGGUGAUGGAGGGAGAUUCUGUUACUCUUCAUACUAAUCUUACUGAACUACAGGAGGACGAUGUGAUGGAGUGGAUGUUUGGUGUUCAGAGUCCAGAUAAGAUUAUAGCAGAUUUUUACAAAGAAGCCAAUAUUACAUCAUUUAAUGAUGAGAGAUUCAAGAAUCAUUUAUAUGUGAAUCAUCAGACUGGAGAUCUCAUCAUCACAAACAUCACAAACAAUCACUCUGGACUUUAUAGAGUAGAGAUCAACAGACAACCUUAUGUCAUCUUCAGACACUUCAAUCUUACUGUCUAUGCUCGUCUGCCGGUUCCUGUAAUCUCCAGUAACUCAUCACAAUGUUCUUCAUCAUCAUCAUCAUCAAACUGUUCAUUAUUGUGUUCAGUGUUGAAUGUGAGAGAUGUGAGUCUGUCCUGGUAUAAAGGAAACAGUUUAUUGUCCAUCAUCAGUGUGUCUGAUCUCAACAUCAGACUCUCUCUUCAUCUGGAGGUUGAAUAUCAGGAUACAAACACAUACAGAUGUGUACUCAACAAUACCAACACAAAACAAACUCAACAUCUCAACAUCACUCAACUCUGUCACAUUUGUUCAGUUGGUGUCGGCUGUUGUGGUUUUACUGAAGCUGUGAUUCGAUUGGUCAUCUCUGCUCUGGUGGGCGUGGCUGCUGUCGCAUUUUUGAUUUAUGACAUCAGAUCCAGAUGAGAAUCACCAUCAGUGUCUGACAUAGAUUUUUAAGAAUGACGAUCUUAUAGUUUUGCUUUUUCUUCAAGAAUACUUGUAAAUCCGUUUUGAACUUUUGUUAUAAAAUAAUCUAGAAGUUAUUGAAGCUUCUUUUAGGGUUUUCAUCUCCACUACCAAACAUCUAAAUGUUAAUUCUUGCUCAUCUUUUGCAGCCAAUUG